AUGAACGGGAAAUUGCUGAUCGUUUUGGCGCUGGCCGCUCUCGCGGUUGCCGAGGACGGCUCGUCGGCCAUGGAACAGAUGGAAGUUAAACUGACGAGAGCGAUGGACGACUUGAACCGAAUGGAUACCAUCAAAAUCAUCGGGGACAUGGUCACCAUGGAGAAGAUGGACUUCGAGGAGGACGCCCAGACCGCCAAGACAAGCGAGGACCCUCUAGUGAGCAGAGUGGAGAAGUUCCUGAGGACUCGCAGGAUCCAGAUCCACCUUCCCAGCGACGGAUCCUCCGCUGACAUGUUCGGUCGCGCCCUGGGACAGAAAGAGUUCGGGGUCGAGCUGAGAGGACUCACCGAGGGAGCUUCCGAAGCCCGAACGAAGUUGAAGAGGAUCGUGCUGCCGCUGUUGUUGCUGCUGAAACUGAAGGCCAUCAUUGUUCUGCCGAUUGUUAUCGGUCUGAUAGGGCUGAUAGGCAUCAAGGGACUCGGAGCUGGUCUGAUGUCGCUGCUCCUCUCCGGCGCGGUGGCCUUGAAGGCGUUGCUCACGCCGCCACCGUCCUAUCCUCCCAGGGUCACGUACGGAAUCGUGAAACCGGAAGUGCACCACGAGCACUGGCACAGGUCUCAGGAGGAAGUGAACCAACCGUACAGGGGCUGGGCGCCCGAGUUCAACCCGGACCAGUACCCUUACCAAGACAUGCCUCUGUAG